UAAACUUCCGGCUUUAUUUCCAGUUUUAAAGGCGGUGGCUUUGUAAACAAAUUAACGUUAGUUAGAUAUAAUCAGCAUGACAACACAUAUGUCAGCCGAACAGUAUCCCGACAUAGCCCAAGCUGUUCUGCCGCCAUAUGAACACCCACCACCAUGGAUUCCUUACGCACAGAGGAUGGAUCAUCUAGAUUACAACAAUGAUGUCAGAGAUUUCCUUCCUCGAAAAGUGAUUUUAAUACGACACAAAGCAUCUGAAGCACUGGGGUUCAACAUUCGAGGUGGUAAAGAACAUCACUGUGGUGUUUAUGUGUCCAAGGUAAUGCCUAACAGUGAAGCUGACCGGCUAGGUCUAAAGGAAGGAGAUCAGAUUUUAAUGGUGAAUGAUUUCAGCUUUGAGGUCAUUGAACAUGCAGAAGCUGUGCGGGUUCUAAAGAUGAAUACAACAACUCAGAUGAUAGUACGCUACUUUCCAUAUGGAUAUGAACAGACAUAUGACAAAAACCGUUUCUCAACAGCAGCUAACCCAAGAUGACAAGAACUGCAUUGACAUUUUAUGUAAUAUCAUUUUACUGCGGAACCUGGCAACUAGAGAAGUCUCCACACCAGGAUGAUGGCUGAUGGGGUUUCCUUUUUAGUUGGGGUGGGGGGGAGGAUGAUUUUUGACCAAAUUAAACGAAAAUGCCUGAAUCUGGAUAACAGUGAUUAUUCAUAUUUGCAUUACUACCAAAUGUAAUAGGGUUACAAAUGAGUCACUAAGCAUUUUUACAUGGAUUACAACUAAUUUUAUGAAUAGUAUGGAGCAACUACAUGAAGAAAAGGUUUUGGGCAUCUUAUUUUACAUUUUCCGUUCUGUAGCAUAUUUCACAGCUGGAAGGUACAAACAUUUAAUACAAAGUUUAAAUAUACUCUCAUGUUCUUAGUAUUUCGAAAACUACUACUUGUUGCAUUUUAACACUAAAACAGUUCACCAGUGGAAUUAUUUGUAACUGUUGUCUACCGACAUUACUUUGAUUUAUGAAGAAAUCAUAUUCAUUGGAAAUAUAUUUUCUGUCAUGAAGUGUCAGUUUUAUUAAAAUAAUUGCUUUUGAAUGUAAAGGAAAUUAAAGAAUUGUACAUUAUGGGAGAUGAAAACAAAAACUGAGGGUGUGUUCUAAGUGAUUAAAUAUUAGAAAUAUAUAUAUACUCUGUAUUUCAGCUUCAUUAUUAUACAGCAUUAUGUUAUAAUGUAUACAAAUGUAAAUAAAAGGUUUUUUACACA